CUACGCACGUGCGACCCAAGAGGAAGUCGCGUCAACCCGGCAGCGGAGUUGUGGCGCUGCUGUGGAGGCGCUUCACCGACAACAUGUCCCAUCUACCUAUGAAACUCCUGCGCAAGAAGAUCGAGAAACGGAACCUCAAAUUGCGCCAGCGAAACUUAAAGCUCCAGGGGGCCUCGGAUGUGAGCUUAUCAGAAAUGCAAAAUGGAGAUGUGUCUGAAGAAACAGUGGGAGGUGGAAAGAUUAAAAAAUCCCUAAAACAGUCUAUGAAUGUGGGCUUGCCAGAAGCCCAGAAUGGAGAGAUAGCUAAAGAAACAGUAGAAACUGUACAAAUUAAAAAAAAAAAGAAGAAAUCUACCAUAAUAAUCAAUGGAGAAGCAGCAACACAGCCUCCCAAUUCAGAGUCAAAAAAGAAGAAGAAGAAAAAGAGAAAAAUGGUGGAUGAUGCUGGGCCUGAUACCAAAAAAGUGAAAACUGAAGACAAAGGGGACUCUGAAGAAGGGGCCCAAGCUCCUGAGGAGACAGAAAACAGUGUGGAGAAGCCGGAUGACGAGGAAGAAGACAGUGAAGUGCCCAGCCUACCCCUGGGACUGACAGGAGCUUUUGAGGAUACUUCAUUUGCUUCUCUUUCUAAUCUUGUCAAUGAGCACACUCUGAGGGCAAUAAAAGAAAUGGGUUUUACAAACAUGACUGAAAUUCAGCAUAAAAGUAUCAGACCACUUCUGGAAGGCAGGGAUCUUCUAGCAGCCGCAAAAACAGGCAGUGGCAAAACGCUGGCAUUUCUCAUCCCUGCAGUCGAACUCAUUGUCAAGUUAAAGUUCAUGCCUAGGAAUGGCACUGGAGUUCUUAUUCUCUCGCCUACUAGGGAACUGGCCAUGCAGACUUUCGGUGUUCUUAAGGAGCUGAUGACGCACCACGUUCACACAUAUGGGUUGAUAAUGGGCGGCAGCAACAGGUCUGCGGAAGCACAGAAGCUCGGUAAUGGGAUCAACAUCAUCGUGGCCACCCCCGGCCGCCUCCUGGACCACAUGCAGAAUACCCCAGGGUUUAUGUAUAAGAAUCUGCAGUGUCUGGUUAUCGAUGAGGCUGAUCGUAUCUUGGAUGUUGGGUUUGAAGAGGAAUUGAAACAAAUUAUUAAACUUCUGCCAACACGCAGGCAGACCAUGCUCUUCUCUGCCACACAAACUCGAAAAGUUGAAGACUUGGCGAGGAUUUCUUUGAAAAAGGAGCCGUUGUAUGUUGGAGUUGAUGACGAUAAAGCUAACGCAACCGUGGACGGUCUCGAGCAGGGAUAUGUUGUCUGUCCCUCGGAGAAGCGAUUCCUCCUGCUCUUUACAUUCCUUAAGAAGAACCGGAAGAAGAAACUGAUGGUCUUCUUUUCAUCCUGUAAGUCCGUGAAGUACCAUUACGAGUUGCUGAACUACAUCGAUCUGCCUGUCUUGGCCAUUCAUGGAAGACAGAAGCAGAAUAAGCGCACGACCACGUUCUUCCAGUUCUGCAACGCAGAUUCGGGGAUACUGUUGUGUACCGACGUGGCAGCGCGAGGCCUGGAUAUCCCUGAAGUCGACUGGAUUGUUCAGUACGACCCUCCUGAUGACCCCAAGGAAUAUAUUCAUCGUGUGGGAAGAACAGCCAGAGGCCUAAACGGGAGAGGGCAUGCCUUGCUCAUUUUACGCCCUGAAGAAUUGGGUUUCCUUCGUUACUUAAAGCAAUCCAAGGUUCCAUUAAGUGAAUUUGAGUUUUCCUGGUCCAAAAUUUCUGACAUUCAGUCCCAGCUUGAAAAAUUGAUUGAAAAGAACUACUUCCUUCAUAAGUCAGCCCAGGAAGCAUAUAAGUCCUACAUUCGGGCGUAUGAUUCCCAUUCUCUGAAACAGAUCUUCAAUGUUAAUAACUUAAAUUUGCCUCAAGUGGCUCUGUCGUUUGGUUUCAAGGUGCCUCCUUUUGUUGAUCUGAACGUGAAUAGCAACGACGGCAAGCUUAAAAAGAGAGGAGGCGGUGGUGGCUUUGGCUACCAGAAAGCCAAGAAAGUCGAGAAGUCCAAAAUCUUCAAACACAUCAGCAAGAAGUCCUCCGACAGCAGGCAGUUCUCCCACUGAAAACACGCCUUCCUUCGUCUUAAAAUGCUUUGUCCUGAAAUGGAUUUUUUUCCCUUUCUCUAACAAAGGAAUUGUUGUGGCUUCAGGAUUGGGACUGACGGAACAGGAGUAUGAAUUGAUGUGGUUGCAAGCACUGGACACUGAUAACUUCCCGGGGAUACUGCUCUUACUUGGGGAUGUAAAACAGAGUUCAGUUUUUCUAGGUUGUUCAAGGGCAAAGCAAGGGAUCUUUUGGAUUUUGUUGUGACGAUAGAAUAUUUUAAAUCUUAUACUUCUAUAUUUGUUAUUGUUUGGGGGUGGGGGGCAUUUUUAAAUUUUUUAUUUAAAAUCAAUUAACAUGUAAUGUAUUACUGGUUUCAGAGGUGGAGUUCGGUGACUCAUCAGUCUUGUAUAACACCCAGUGCUCAUUACAUCACAUGCCCUCCUUAAUGUCCAUCACCCAGUUCAACCUGCCUUAGAAGGCAGUGGCCUGGUACACUGAACGGGUGCUGGGGGUGGCGAUGCAACAGAUGGUCUCGGGUUUUUUUGUUUUUGCUUUGGGGUUUGGGGGUGGGUUUUUUUUGGUUUCGGUUGUUUCUUGGACCUUAACCAUAGUUCUUGACCUCCCCUGAAAAUGCUACUGUGGCUAGGAAGCACGUUACGUUAAAGGUGGCGUUCGUUUUUAUAUACACCAGAUUUUAAAGCAGUGAGCCUUUCCCAUUUUUUUUUUUUUAAGAGCACAAAGUGUGGGUUAUUUGUCAUUGUUAUUUGAAUAAAGCACCCUUAGCUUUCCGAACAUUUGUUGGGAACAGGGAAUCUGAGAAUUUUUUGAGCCUCAUUUACACCAAUAUAGGUGUAAUAAUCCGCUGUUCUCCAUUUAAUAACUUAGAAAAACCUUUUUGAAAAAAGGCACAAAGUGAUGAUGACACAGCUCGUUCAACUUUGUUUCAAGCGGUUUGGAUUUUGAUGAACUCUUCCAACCCUGCAGAGUACUCAGGAGGCAGAGACCUUUUUGAGAAAAAUUGCCCCCCUUCCAGAUCUGUGAAACAAACAUAGGUUUAUGAUGAAAAUUGGAAAUGAACAGUGGUCAAAAAGCAGCAAAAGAUGGGGGUUUCGUCUCAUGGGGUUUUUGCUGUAGGAACUCUUUUGACUUCGGAAAUGGUCAUUUAACUUUUGAUCAGUUGGAAACCAAAGUAACUGGCAUCCUUUUGCUGUUGUGCCAGUUAAUAUUCAUAGUUUCCUGUUCAAUAUAGAUACACCGAGAACAUCAAAUGUGGAGGAAACAGCCUGAUAUAAAUAGCAUGCCAGUAGUAAAGAAAAAGUGAUCCUCUGUGUCUGGGCUUAACCACGGUCCCCCUGGCCAGACCUGUCCUAGGGUUCUGGCCUGCCUGCUGGACUCCUGGCAUUUAAGAACGCUUCAUCUGAGACAUCCAGUAACUUGUUUUUCUUUUUUGUUUCAGAAAUAAUCGUGUUUCAAAAAAUACACAAAAACAAAGGGAAGACUAUUUAAUCACAGAGCAGGAGUAAAAACUGUCGAUAUUUUCAUACAUAGCCAGGAGGGGUUUUGUAGACAGACUUUUAAAUUUUCUAUCAGAAGUGAAGUCAUCCUUUACCCCCUACUUGUAACCAGCUUGUUUCAUAACGUGUUAUUUUCCUGUGUCAUUAAAUAAUUAUGUCCGUUUUAUAUUUCA